GUCCUAAUCAAACCCGGAAAUGUUAUCUAUUAAGCUCACUCGAAAAAGUGUCAUACAUCAAAGCAACAAAACAACAAGGUCCACGGAAGAAAGUACGAAGAUCGCUGACGUUUGGAUUUUUGAAAUGGAAAUACAUUUUCUUGGGACUGGCUCUGCAUACCCUGCUCCGAAAAGAUGUUCGUCCUGUACAGUGUUAAGACACGAGAAAGGUUCUUGGGUUUUUGACUGCGGUGAGGGAAGCCAAAUACAGUUUCAAAAAAGUUCUUUAAAACCAGGUACUAUCAAGAAAAUUUUCAUAACACACUUACACGGUGAUCAUUUGUUUGGUUUACCGGGUUUGUUAUGCACAAUUGGCAUGAACAAUUCGAUUAAUAAUGGAGGACAUGUUGAUAUAUAUGGACCCAUUGGGCUAAAAAACUUUAUCCGCUCAUCAUUAGCCUUGUCAUAUUCACACCUACCUUACACAUUUUCUGUUCAUGAAAUUAUUUUAACUUCAUAUAAUGAAUUUUAUAAGCAAAAUAACGUCAGUAUAGAUGUUGAAUAUUGGGAGAAAUUAAAAGAUCUUUCCAAAGUAGAAUUGCCAUCUCAUCCUAACGAGACUGCCGGUAUUUCAAUAUACCAAAACAAAGAAGGCUUUUAUAACGUUUGCAAGUCUAACGGAUUAGAGGUUACUGCUGGUUUUUUGAAACACUCUAUACCAUGUAUUGGAUAUGUUAUUCAAGAAGACGAUAUACCAGGAAAACUUGAUGUCGCAAUUUUAAAGAGUAGAGGUGUUCCUCCGGGGCCCUUGUAUGGUAAAAUUAAAUCUGGUGAAACAAUAACAUUAAAGGACGGCACUAAUUUAACUCCAGCUGAUUGCGUUGGACCAAAAAGAAAGGGCAGAAAAAUUGUAAUAUUAGGCGACACAUGUAAUUCAGAUGAGAUGGCACCUAUAGCACACGGUGCAAAUGUUUUAGUGCACGAAUCUACUAAUGAAAAUGCAGACGAGGUAAAAUCGGUCGAGCGUGGACAUUCAACUGCAGGAAUGGCUGGAUGUUACGCACGUCAAAUCUCCGCGCAUCAUUUAAUACUGACGCACUUUAGCCAGCGUUACGUGGGACUGUCAGAACCGGAAAAGGAAGGGAACACGUCAGUGGCUAAACUAGUUGAGCAAGCUAAAGAAACAUUUCAAAGCGACAAUGUGACUGCGGCAGAGGACUUUUUUGUAUUUUCGAUACCUUUACCUAGCUGAAAAUUCAAGGGCGUUGAAACGUGAGGUGAAUUUUAUAAUCUACGAGUUGGUCCGGAGUGUUCUGAAUUCCUAGCAUCGUCCUCCUUUAGGGCAAAAAAAAAUUAUAUUGAGAAAUUUUUUAUCCUGCAGCAUUUAAGAAUGACCACUCAGAAAUCAGUAACAAUUAUCUUUUUACAUUCACCUCAUUUUAUUUCAACAGUUUAUAAAAAUCACUUAGCACCACUGUAAGUAAUCUUUUCUAUAAACAUCUAAAUAUAAAUUACUAAAACAGCUGUGCUCCAAAACCAAACACUUGUUUGAUGGGUCCCCAGAAAUGUUGUUUCCAGCCUUCCUCGGUUCGAACGGUGUCGUAAUCAGGCACACCUGUUUGCGAAAGUCUCAACAUCGUACAGUCGGAUUUUUGUUCGAGGGUGAUGGUAACCACAGAAAAAACGUCUAAAACAAAAUCAAAACAAAUUAAAUCUUUCAAACAAUAAAUCUGUUUUUUUUCUUUUUCGUGAGAUUAUACACGAGUUAAGCAUAGUUUAAAUGAAUCCUUUCGUUAUUGCGCUCUUAUCGGGAAUUGAAAAAAAAAAAAUUAAAAAAAAAGAACUGUUAUGAACUAAGAAGUAAAAGUAAAAUAAAUUUUUUUUGUGGAAAAAUUUGAAAAGAAAAGUUACAAUGCCGUGCGAUUAUUUCUUAAAGAAAUGAGCACGGUCAAAGCAUUAUUAAAUUCACUGUUUGCUUUCUUUUUUUAAUACAGAAACAACUUUAACUGUGACAAGCUGUAUUGUCCUCUCAAAUUUAUACAAAAAACAGGACGAGGGAGGCAUUUAAAAGUCUUACCAGACGGCCAUUCCUUGAAUCGCCACUUUUGAACGAUCUUUUUAGCAGGUAUCUGAGAAAAAUAGUGAAUGUAGAAAAAAAAUUUGAAACAUAAGGUGUUUGCGAAAAAAAAUUGCGCGGUGAACAAAUUUGGGUAACCGCAAACGUUUUUUCCCGCAAAAAUUCUUUCGUAGAAUAGUGCAAGUGUUUCUCCGCAAAAUAAAAAAUAAUUUCCGGCAACAAUCAUUUUCCAUAAGUAGGGCGUCACACGGCUUUGCUAAUCAUGUUAAGCCAUCCCAAUCUGCAUUAGGUAAUAAAACGAAUUCUAUUCUUUAAAAUUUAUUGUAAGGGUACGAAUUAUUUGCAGAACCUAGUUGUACAGAUUUCACGCAAGCAAAUAUAUUAUUUCCUAAAAAAUUACUGCGCAGCCACACAUGUGUUACAGGUAACAUUUCUAUAACAACAAGAAUUCAUUCUGAUGAGCUGGGUACAAAAAUGUUGAUUCAGGAUUGUUGUUGAAAAUUGUGAGAAAAGAUUUUUUUCAGUAAGUUGUUUUUUAGCAGUAACAUUUUUUUUGUUCCUAGUAACGACGUGAUAAUUUGAACUGUUUCUACUUUUCAGCGAAGCGAAUAUUUCGAUGCAAAAUCAAAACUAACAAAACUGCGCAUGCUCAGAUAAAAUUCGCCGUCGAAUUCGCCGUUCAAUUCGCUUCGUGAAAAUCCCCCUUAAUGUCGUGAUAAUUUGGGUAAACGCAUAGGUAUAAAAGUUACAAAACUAAAUCGAUUUAAUUUUGUCACCGGCUGCAAGAUUAUUCUUGUGAUUCACAACACAAGUUAACAUUUUUAGACUAUAAUAAAUAGCAUGAAUUUUGUUACUAUCGCCAAAAAAAUUCGCCUUGUGUCGUCGACCUGACAGUUAAGAUGGGUUAUUUAUUUCUACAUUAUGAAUGUUCUCUUCGUGUGCAUUGGUUUGUGAAACCUUAUUAACCAUUGAUGCGGCAUGUGUCGUUAAAUUUUGCAACGUUACGUUAAUAAGACGGCUGUUACAUGUUUCGCCUAUAACAGCCGACGUAAAAAUAAUGAUUUAUCUUUAAAAACUUACUAAUUCGACGUAUGAUCCAUUUAUGUUGUCAUUCAUAACAGAAAAUGUUCCACCAGGCGAAGGGUCAGAGGUGCAUGGGGAACGGGUAAAUGCGGACAACCUCUAACAAAAAAUUAAUUUUAAUUUAUCGUAUUUAAAUUCAUCGUAUGCAAAUAGAUUCCACAUAUCAAGGUUACCUCAGCCAAAGUUAGAGUUGCAUAUAAUUCAUCCGCUGUUGUUUUGAAUUCUUCCGAUAGAUUUAAAGAAAAAUGGCAGGAAGGCUGCUUUUUUGGAACUAUAAAGUCAAAAAAAUUAAAAAUUAGUUCGCAACAACCGCUUCCCCUGUAAUGAUUGUGUGCAUUCAGUACCAAUAUUUUCGAACGGUUUUAACUUACGACAAAACCCUCGUUGUUCCUAACUUUUGGUAAGCGUCUGAUCCCCGUCUCGUAAUGUAAAUAACUUGAUGAUUACGCAUUGAAAACUCUUAAAUCUGUACUUUAUAUCGUCCGAAGUUAUAGGUGAAAAACAUCAGAAGUAAGUAAAAUACAUACGAAAAUUUUAAUAAUUAACGUAGCAAAA